UGCAGAGCCGCGGGGCGCGCCGGGCCCCACGCCGCCAUCCACGGCCCCGCGCUUUUCUCUCCCUCGGCUUGCAAAAAGUUCGCCGCUCUUCUGAUUUUUUUUGGCUUGGAGGAGUUGGGGAAGAGAAAGAGAACGUUAAAAACUUUUGCAAACUUUUCCAGCUUCUUCCCUCCUCUCGCAGCCGGGCUGCGCGCUGGUGGAGACUCCGUCUCUCCCCGUUUUGCUUUUUGUUUUUAACCCUUCCCCGCCCCUCAACCGCCCGGUUAUUCUUUUCUUUCCAUUUUUUUCCUCCCCUGAUCCCCCUUCUGCCGCUUUCUCGCAUGAAUCUCCUAGACCCCUUCAUGAAAAUGACAGAAGAACAGGACAAAUGCAUCUCCGACGCCCCCAGCCCCACCAUGUCGGAUGAUUCUGCCGGGUCUCCCUGCCCCUCCGGAUCCGGCUCGGACACGGAGAACACCCGACCCCAAGAGAACACCUUCCCCAAAGGCGACCCGGACCUGAAGAAGGAGAACGACGAGGACAAAUUCCCCGUGUGCAUCCGCGAGGCUGUGAGCCAGGUGCUCAAGGGCUACGAUUGGACCCUGGUGCCCAUGCCCGUGCGGGUGAACGGAUCCAGCAAGAACAAACCCCACGUGAAGCGUCCCAUGAACGCCUUCAUGGUGUGGGCCCAGGCGGCUCGAAGGAAGCUGGCUGACCAGUACCCUCAUCUGCACAACGCCGAGCUCAGCAAGACGCUGGGCAAGCUGUGGAGGCUGCUGAACGAGAGCGAGAAGCGUCCCUUUGUGGAGGAGGCUGAGCGGCUGCGGGUACAGCACAAGAAGGACCACCCUGACUACAAGUACCAACCACGCAGGAGGAAGUCAGUGAAGAACGGGCAGUCGGAGCAGGAGGAGGGCUCCGAGCAGACCCACAUCUCCCCCAACGCCAUCUUCAAAGCGCUGCAGGCAGACUCCCCACAAUCAUCCUCCAGCAUCAGCGAGGUGCACUCCCCCGGGGAGCAUUCGGGGCAGUCACAGGGUCCCCCCACGCCCCCCACCACCCCAAAGACGGACACUCAGCAGCCGGGCAAGCAGGACCUGAAGCGCGAGGGCCGCCCUUUGGCAGAAGGCGGCCGCCAACCUCCCCACAUCGAUUUCCGAGACGUGGACAUCGGCGAGCUCAGCAGCGACGUCAUCUCCAACAUCGAAACCUUCGACGUCAAUGAGUUCGACCAAUAUCUGCCCCCCAACGGCCACCCGGGGGUCCCGGCCACCCACGGCCAGGUGACCACCUACAGCGGUACCUACGGCAUCAGCAGCUCGGCCAGCUCUCCAGCAGGCGCAGGGCACGCCUGGAUGGCCAAGCAACAGCCACAACCCCCGCAGCCCCCAGCACAGCCCCCGGCGCAGCACGCACUGCCAGCACUGAGCGGUGAGCAGGGCCCGGCACAGCAGCGGCCGCACAUCAAAACAGAGCAGCUGAGCCCCAGUCACUACAGCGAGCAGCAGCAGCACUCCCCGCAGCAACAACAGCAGCAGCAGCAGCAACAACAGCAGCUGGGUUACGGCUCCUUCAACCUGCAGCACUACGGCUCCUCGUAUCCCCCCAUCACCCGCUCGCAGUACGAUUACACCGAGCACCAGAACUCCGGCUCCUACUACAGCCACGCCGCCGGGCAGAGCGGAGGGCUCUACUCCACCUUCACCUACAUGAACCCCACGCAGCGUCCCAUGUACACCCCCAUAGCAGACACGUCGGGGGUGCCCUCCAUCCCGCAGACCCACAGCCCACAGCACUGGGAACAGCCCGUCUACACGCAGCUCACCCGGCCUUAAAGCCACGUGAAGGCGAAUAAAUAAAUAAACCAACCAACCAAUCAGAAAGGAAAGGAGAAUAAAGAAAGAAAAAAAAAAAAAGAAAGAAAGAAAGAAAGAAAAAAAAAAGAAAGGAAAAAGAAUAAAAGAAGGCAGUGAAAGCAGAGGACUUCCGGCAGACUUUUCCUUUCUUGCAAAUCAAAAUGAUUUAAGAGGAAAAAAAAAAAAAAAAGUUAAAAAAAUAAAAUAUGCUCGAGUUCAAGCUGGGAAAUGCCCACAGUGCCCGGAACUCAGUGCCAGCCCCAAAGGACCCAAUGCAUGGGCAUGGGCUGGAGGUGUCCUCUGUUUGCUGGACUUUGGUUACGAGUUGGGUUUCUUGAGGGUUUUUUUUUUGUUGCUUUUUUUUAGCAGUAAUUAAAAAA